AUGAAAUUAAUACCAUCAAUUCUAUAUAAAAUCUUGGAAAGUAAAGAUAUUUAUAAGCUUGGUUGUAAUAUAAAUAACGACGCGAGAAGAUUAUUCAAAGGUCACAAUAUAAAAUGCAAAAGUUUAUUGGAGUUGAGUUCACUUUGUUUACAAGUCAAACAAGAACAUUUCCUAAAUAGAAGAUCAAGAAUUAUAAAGUUAUCUAAAAUGGUGGAAGUUUUGUUAAAUCAUGAAAUAGCAAAACCUCGUCAUAUUGUAAUGAGCAAUUGGUCAUCUAAUUUUCUUAGCGAGGCUCAAAAAGAAUAUGCAGCAACUGACGCAUACGCAAAUUAUGUCUUAGCUAAAAGAAUAGAUGAUCUUCAAUGCGAAGUAAAUAAUAGAGAUGUUAAUUAUGAAAUAACAUUAUAUGAUAUAGAUGAUAAUGGUAUGAAGAUAGAAACAAAAUUGAAUAAUAAACGUCUACGCGAUGAUUAA